UUCGCGGAAUGACGGUGAAGUCGCCCGCCAAGAAUGGUUCCUGUCAAGUCGCUUCUAAGGCACGGCCGGCCCUCCCCGGGUGGGACACAGCCUGACUCGCUGGGCGAGGCUGAUUCGGGCACGCUCUCCCCGAACCCUUGCGGACCAGCCCGGUUCGCUGCAAACGUCACCCGGACCUCGCCCUGGGCUCGCUGGCCACCCCACGCGACCAGGCACAAGCGGACCCCCUGCAGCAUCCUCUCCUCCGAGGAAGGCUCCGCCGGCGGAGACCGUGACAGCCGCCCUCCCUCGGGGGCUCUGCAGGGAGCGAGUGUUGACACCAGAAGGAGAGGCUCCGAGGAAGUGUCAGUGCGGCGGCAGGUGAAGCAGCCCGUCGCGCCGGGCGGGUCCCUUCGGACCCGGGACUCCGGUCCUCCGCUCCCGGCCCCAGCCGCCCGAUCUCUCACCCGGAGCGAGACCCGAGCGCUGCCGGGAGGCGAGGCCGUCUCAGCCAGCAGACGGCCACCCCACCUCUUCCGGGCACUCCGCAGGCCCGCUCCCGGGCCGUGUCAGAGCCUGGCGGCGCCGGCCGGACCCUGCCCGACGGGAGGCAGCGGCCCCGGGGCCUCCCGGACGGGACCCUGCACCCCGGGCCCGGCCACCGCCCCCACCCUGCUCUCCAGAACCCCCCGUCCUCAGGAACACCCCAGUGGAGUUGCCGGCCCACUCAAAAGAAGCUAUGAUAGGAUAUGUUCCAUCAAAACGAGAGACUACCAAAGAGAGGCCAGCAGCACAGGAAGCAGGAGCUCUAACGCUGGGGGGGCACAAGGGGUCCUUGGGAAGAUGGUGAAGAGACCCCAGGUACUUGUUCUGCAUGAGAGGUAAAGCCGCCACACCCACCGCCAUGCAGCACCGUUGAGCCUGAGAACAGACGGCCCAGGUGUCCUGGCCCCGCUUCUUACUGGCCUUAGUUUGCCUGGACUGUGUGCUAGUCUAGUGAGUUUGCUGCCUCCCUUCCAUCCCCUGCCACCUGAAUUCACAGAGUUCAUCUCACUCCAGAAGAUGCUCUGCUCUGACCUACUCCUGAGAGCAGGGGGUGGGGCAGGAUGGACUAGGAAGGAGAACACAGCAAACCCCAGGCAUCCUGAGCCCAUUCCUGAGAGAGAGCCGAACGGGACCGCCCUGCGCUGCAGCCAAGUGCUCCGCCCGCGGCGACCCAUUUCCACAUCCGUCACAGCCACGCAGUCUCAGGUCCACGGGACCGCCCCAGGCUUGCUGAGCCGCCGGGAGGGCUCACAGGACUCAGCCGACAGCUGGGCGCAAGGCUUGGCUUGGUUACCACCAAAGGAUGCACAGAAAGUCAGUCGCGGGAAAGGGUGAUGGGCAAUGCCUAGAGGAGCCGGCAGGAGCCAGGCAUGGAGUCACACGGGACACACUCAGUUCCUCCAGCAUCGAAUCUGUGACAGCGCGUGUGGCCUGUGCCAACCAGGGAGCUACUUAGGCACUCAGCCCCCAGGGCUUUGAUUGGAGGCUGGCCACAUGGGCCCCUCUGCCUGGCACACACCGAGCUGCCAGACCCCCAGAAAGGAAGCAGGCGUUCGGCAUAACCCACACAGCGUGCACAGUUUAUGCACAAAGGGCCGCUCGUCAUUCAGGGGACGGCGGAGCCCUCCUGACACCGAGCUCCCAGAUGCCAGCCAAGGGCCAGCCUGGCUAGCAGGCCUCUCGGAGGGUCCCGUGCUGGGCCUGCCCUGUGAACCGUCCGCCCAGUCACCGCUGAUCUUAAAGGUUCCCAAGUGACCCGGUGGAGCAAGAGCUGCCCCACCCGCCUGCACUGUUCACGUCAGACCCGCAGAUGAGAAAACGGCAUUUCUUCCUUAAGUGUUGAAUGCCUUUGUGUCCCUCCCACCCUAAUAAUACAAAAUGAUAACAGACGACAGAGUGGGAGCCACUCAGAGAGGCCACAGGUGCUUCUGAGACCUGCAAAUGUUCUGUUUCUUAACCUGAUGGGUACGCUGGUAUUGGUUUUAUCCCCCCCCCUUUUUUUAAAUCCUCACCUCAGGAUAUUUUUUCAUUUUUUAUAUAUUUUUCAGAGAGG